AUGACGGACGGUUUCUCAUUGUCCCACCCUUGCUUUCUCCCCGCCCUCAUUCUCUCUCCCCGCCCUCGUUCACUCCCCCCGCCCUCAUUCUCUCCCCCCGCCCUCAUUCUCUCCCCCCGCCCUCAUUCUCUCCCCCCGCUCUCAUUCUCUCCCCCCGCCCUCAUUCUCUCCCUCCACCUCAUGCUCUCUCCACCCCCCCUCUCUCCCUUUCCACCCUCUGAGGCCAGGCACGCAAGUAACCCGCCACAAGCUGGUCUUGAGCCUCAUGGUGCCGCCCCCCUGACUCAUCAUCAUUCUCUCCCCCUCUGUUUCUUCCUCCCGCCCUCCCGCCCUCUUCCCUCACUCCAUUCCCAGUUUGUGUACCACAGAGGCACGCAGUUCGUGUACCACAGAGGCACGCAGGUGACCCUACACAAGCUGGUCGUGAAUCUCAUGGUGCCGUCCCCCCAGAGGCAUCUCAAGGCACGCCACCCGCGCUUCCACACCGUAUUCCACCGCCUCGUGCACCAGCUGCCGCUCUUCCUCCCGCUCGCCCCGCUGCUGCCCAAGCUCGUCGAGCACGACGCUCGGUUUCUUGUCCAUGAGAAGAAGUACCUGCACUCGCUGGCGCUGCACAUCCUAGGCGGGGACCCGUCGCGCCGAGCGCUGGUCCUACAGGAGGAGGCGCAGCACCUCAUCUUCGUGGAGCGCCUCGUGCAGCCCUUCUUCCAACACUGCUCCCGCCCCAGCCCUGCACUCUGGCGCUCCCUCCGCUCCUCCCACCUCCUCCCCCCUGCUGGUCUCCCUGUUUUUGACAAGGACUGGCGCAGACGGGUAGUGGCUCCCGUGCCUGCUACUGUAGAAGAAGCAGCAGCAGAAGCGGGAGGGGUGGGAACAGGAGCAGCGGCAGGAGAGCUAGAAGCCAGUCCGAUUCCAAAGGAGGAUUGGGUGGUGAUCAAUGCACAGCCGCCGGGGGUGUUGGAGUUGGAACGAGCGGCCGAGCAUGAAGCUGCCCUGAAAGACAAUUUCUGGUUCGGUCGGAUACAGCAGCAUCUGGCAGGCAAGGGGUUUGAGCCCACAAGGAAACUUUUCUCCCGGGCAGCUUUACUGGUGACCACGCCGGGCGAGGCGCUCCUGAACAUGAUUUUCAUGCCGCCCGGCGCUACAGUGUUCGAGUACCAGCCGCGGGAAUCAGCCACGAAUUCCCACCGUGCCUUUGCUCACGUACUUGCGUUCUGCGAGCGGGUUCUAAAGAACCGGCGCAUGGUGGUGGUGGGGGACUCCAAGCAGUUCCAGCUCACCACGUCUCUAAUGAACGCUCUCGCCACAGGCGUGCGCAAGCCCGCGUGGGGGCUCAUUCAAGACAUCGAGGCCCCAGAGGGGUGCGCUGCUGUUUUGGACAAUGACCCGACUCGCUACCUGCACGACUUUUGUAGAAGCUUCGUAUUUAACUCCACCCUCUGCCCCGGCUUCCGUCUAGACUACAUCAGAGCAGACCGGCUCUAUAUCUUUGACCCGCGCCCGCCCGAGUUUGAAUACAUGCCGUGGGUGCUCCCAGCCCUCUCGCACCUCGCCACCGCCGACAUUAUCCUCCUCAACCGCGGCGCGCACUGGACCGCCACGGAGGAUUUUCUCAGCGGCGUGCGCUCCGCAACAAGAUACAUCCGGCAGCACUAUCCCGACAAGCUCGUGAUCUACCGCAACACUCCGCCCGGGCAUAUCGGCUGCGCGGGGCAAGAGGCGCCGCUGGAAAAACCGCAGCCGCAGGAGAUCCUGCCGUAUUUCUGGAAGGACUUGCGGGAGCAGAAUGAGCUGGUGAAGGAGGUGGUGGAGGAGGCAGGGGGGGUGUAUAUGGAUGUGGAGGGGAUGUUAGCGCUGCGGUGGGAUGGGCACAAGGGUGUGGUGCCGGAUAAGAAGCAGCCUGACUGCUUGCACUAUUGCCUGCCUGGCCCGUUGGAUGUGUAUCCGCAGUUUUUGUACAAUCUUCUCGUCCGGCUUUUGCCGCCGCCGCCACCUUCUAAGUGA